GUGCUUACUAAUAGCCUGUAAAAGGAAAGGGCGAACCUCGGGGUAAGGUAUAGUUGUGCGACACGGUUCGUAGCUUGACGCUUUUUGCCGGAAGAGCGCUGGUGCUGUUCUGGGAUUCAGCGCGUGAGACAAGAUGCUCAAGUCCAAGACUUUCUUAAAAAAGACGCGGGCGGGCGGCGUGAUGAAGAUCGUGCGCGAGCACUACCUGCGGGACGACAUCGGCUGCGGUGCGCCAGGGUGCGCGGCGUGCGGCGGUGCGCACGAGGGGCCGGUCCUCGAGCCCCAGCCCUUGGACCCGGCGAGCAGCCUCUGCCCGCAGCCGCACUACUUACUGCCUGACACCAACGUGCUGCUGCACCAGAUUGAUGUUCUUGAGGAUCCUGCCAUCAGGAAUGUAAUUGUGCUGCAAACAGUUCUCCAAGAAGUGAGAAAUCGGAGUGCUCCGGUAUAUAAACGAAUCCGAGAUGUGACUAAUAACCAGGAGAAGCAUUUCUAUACCUUCACUAAUGAGCACCAUAGGGAAACUUACGUCGAACAAGAACAGGGAGAAAAUGCUAAUGACAGGAAUGAUAGAGCCAUUCGAGUAGCAGCAAAAUGGUACAAUGAACAUUUGAAGAAAAUGUCAGCAGAGAAUCAGCUGCAAGUUAUCUUCAUAACAAAUGACAGGAAGAACAAAGAGAAAGCCAUAGAAGAAGGAAUACCAGCUUUCACUUGUGAAGAAUACGUCAAGAGCCUAACUGCGAACCCCGAACUCAUAGAUCGUCUUGCUUGUUUGUCUGAAGAAGGGAAUGAAAUAGAAAGUGGAAAAAUAAUAUUUUCAGAGCAUCUUCCCUUAAGUAAGCUACAACAAGGCAUAAAAUCUGGUACAUACCUUCAAGGAACAUUUAGAGCCAGCAGGGAAAAUUACUUAGAAGCUACAGUAUGGGUUCAUGGAGACACUGAAGAAAAUAAAGAGAUAAUCUUACAAGGACUUAAAAAUUUAAACCGAGCUAUUCAUGAAGAUAUUGUGGCUGUGGAGCUUCUCCCCAAGAAUCAGUGGGUAGCACCAUCUUCUGUGGUUUUACAUGAUGAAGGCCAAAAUGAAGAUGAUGUGGAGAAAGAAGAGGAGAGAGCACGCAUUCUUAAGACUGCUGUAAAUGAAAAAAUGUUAAAGCCUACAGGUAGAGUUGUUGGAAUAAUAAAAAGGAAUUGGAGGCCAUAUUGUGGCAUGCUUUCUAAAUCUGAUAUUAAGGAGUCAAGAAGACAUCUCUUUACACCUGCUGAUAAGAGAAUCCCUAGAAUUCGGAUUGAAACCAGACAGGCUUCUACAUUAGAAGGACGGAGAAUUAUUGUUGCUGUUGAUGGUUGGCCCAGAAAUUCCAGAUAUCCAAACGGACACUUUGUAAAAAAUUUAGGGGAAGUUGGAGAUAAAGAGACGGAAACAGAAGUUUUGUUACUUGAGCAUGAUGUUCCCCAUCAGCCUUUUUCACAGGCUGUUCUUAGCUUUCUACCAAAGAUGCCGUGGAGCAUUACUGAACAGGACAUGAAAAAUCGAGAAGACCUGAGACAUCUGUGUGUUUGUAGUGUGGACCCACCAGGAUGUACUGAUAUAGAUGAUGCUCUACAUUGUAGAGAACUUGAAAAUGGAAAUUUGGAGGUUGGUGUUCAUAUUGCUGAUGUUAGCCAUUUCAUUAGGCCAGGAAAUGCUUUAGACCAAGAAUCAGCCAGAAGGGGAACAACUGUGUAUCUUUGUGAGAAGAGGAUUGACAUGGUUCCGGAGUUGCUUAGCUCUAACUUAUGUUCCUUAAGAUGUAACGUUGACAGGUUGGCAUUUUCAUGUAUUUGGGAAAUGAAUCGUAAAGCUGAAAUCUUAAAAACGAGGUUUACCAAAAGUGCCAUUAAUUCAAAGGCUUCCCUUACAUAUGCUGAAGCUCAGAUGAGAAUUGAUUCAGCAGCCAUGAAUGAUGAUAUUACCACCAGUCUCCGUGGACUAAAUAAACUAGCUAAAAUCUUGAAAAAAAGAAGAAUCGAAAAAGGGGCUUUGACUCUUUCUUCUCCAGAAGUUCGAUUCCACAUGGACAGUGAAACUCAUGAUCCUAUAGAUCUGCAGACCAAGGAACUUAGAGAAACAAAUUCCAUGGUAGAAGAAUUUAUGUUACUUGCCAAUAUCUCUGUUGCAAAAAAAAUUCAUGAAGAAUUUUCUGAACAUGCUCUGCUUCGAAAACAUCCUGCUCCUCCUCCAUCAAAUUAUGAAAUUCUUAUUAAGGCAGCUAAAUCCAAGAAUUUGGAAAUUAAAACUGAUACAGCCAAGUCGUUGGCCGACUCUUUGGACCGGGCUGAUUCUCCUAGUUUCCCGUAUCUAAACACUCUAUUAAGAAUAUUAGCCACUCGCUGUAUGAUGCAAGCUGUAUACUUCUGCUCUGGAAUGGAUAAUGAUUUUCAUCACUAUGGCUUAGCAUCACCAAUAUACACACAUUUUACUUCGCCCAUCAGAAGAUAUGCAGACAUCAUUGUUCACCGGUUGUUGGCUGUGGCUAUCGGGGCUGACUGCACUUAUCCAGAGUUGACAGACAAACACAAGCUUGCAGAUUUAUGUAAAAAUCUCAAUUUCCGGCACAAAAUGGCUCAAUAUGCCCAACGUGCAUCAGUGGCUUUUCAUACCCAGUUAUUUUUCAAAAGCAAAGGAAUAGUAAGCGAAGAAGCCUAUAUUCUGUUCGUAAGAAAGAAUGCGAUUGUGGUGUUAAUUCCAAAGUAUGGUUUAGAAGGUACAGUCUUUUUUGAAGAAAAGGAUAAACCAAAGCCACGGCUUUUUUAUGAUGAUGAGAUACCUUCACUUAAAAUAGAGGAUACAGUGUUCCAUAUAUUUGAUAAAGUUAAAGUGAAAAUCAUGUUAGACUCAUCUAAUCUUCAGCAUCAGAAAAUCCGAAUGUCCCUGGUAGAACCACAGAUACCAGGAAUAAGCAUUCCCACUGAUGCCUCAAACAUGGACAUUAAUGAACCAGAGAGAAAGAAGAAGAAGAUUGAAAAAUAGCUACAGUCAAAAAAUAAACUUCAAAGAUUGGUUUCCUUUUAAAAAAAAAUUGAAAGACACUUCUAAAUCUAAGAAGUGUGUGAUACAGUUUGUUACUUUUAAGUACAUUUUAAUAAUUUUAAAAAUUUGCAUUUUUAUUGAA